AUGAGGCAUCCCGGUUACCCUAUCUGCGCCCUGCUUGGUCUGCUGGCAGUACUGCUCCCAUCACCAUGGCAUUGGCGGGCAAGGAACAUCAGCACUCUCGGCCUAAUAUUCUGGCUAUCAAUCACCAAUUUGACUAUCAUUAUAAACAGUCUGCUGUGGGCCGACAACAUAGUAGAUCGAAGUCCCGUUUGGUGCGAUAUAUCCGGUCGGAUCUUCAUUGCUGCAUCGGUGGCUAUACCUGCUUCCUCCUUCUCACAAAUGCGCCGAUUGGAAUCCGUUGCAUCAACAAGACAUCUCAUUGCGUCUCGCAACGCGAGGAUGCGUCGAACCGCCCUGGACAUUGCCCUAUGCUUUGGACUACCUCUUGUCCAACUCGCUUUGCGCUAUAUCACUCAAGGUCACCGUUACGACAUUAUCGAACAUAUCGGUUGUCAAAUACCCGCCUAUAUGUCUUGGCCCAAUGUCGUCAUCUCAUCCGUCAUUCCUCUUGUGCUAGCUGUCGGGGCGACAAUCUAUGCAUCACUAGCAUUCCGAUGGUUCAUCUUGCGACGCUUGCAGUUCAAAGCAGUACUCAACGCUUCGCGGACAGGAUUGAAUACGGGCCGAUAUCUGCGUCUGAUCGCUCUGGCCGUUACGGAUAUAUCCCUCGUCCUCUUCGCCACAUUGUUCAUCCUCAUCUCUUCUGUCAAAGUGAACGGAAUCAGCCCCUUCUCGUGGCAUGCCGUUCACAUUGAAUUCGCAACAAUAUCGCAGUAUCCGGAGGACCUGCUUCUUGGCGCCUACUCCACAUAUGCCACCACGGUGUAUCUCUAUCCAGUAUACUCAUUCUCGUUCUUCGUAUUCUUCGGCUUCGGAGAAGAGGCGAUACAGGAGUACAUGGCUCGGUGGUCACAGUUGCAGACGUCGUUCUUACGGAUAAUGGGAAGGCGGUCAGUCGAGCUAUGGCUUCGGUCCCGCUGUCAUGGAGAGUUCUGA